CGAGAGCUCUGAAGAUCGUCGUUUAUCAAUGCCGAGGUGGUAUUGUUGUUGCAUCAUCCAAUCUUGGACUUCCCAGCGAGUGGAAUGAUGUUCUUAUUCCUCGAUCAACAGGAGGCGAUAUAUCCCUCCAAUUCCACUGCAACCACCAACGCCUUGAACGUAGCCUAACCGUCUUGAUAUCCAAAAUGUGGUGGGCGAAGGACCCAGAGACAAAGCUACUCGUCAAGAUCGAUUGGUUUAUCUUGUCUUUCUGCUGCGUGACUUAUUUCUUCAACUAUCUGGAUCGCUCCAACCUGACCAACGCGUAUGUAAGUGGCAUGGAGGAAGAGCUCUCCUUCCGGGGCAAUCAGUUGAAUCAAAUAAACACUGUUUUCACUGUCGGCUAUAUACUCGGUCAAAUCCCCUCUAAUCUGGCGCUGACCUACUUGCGUCCACGCAUAUUUUUCCCUGCUAUGAUUCUCUGCUGGGGUUGUCUAACAAUGGUCACCGCGGCUGUCCACAACCCACAAGGCAUAAUGGCGAUACGCUUUUUCCUAGGAGUGGCCGAAGCAAGCACUUUCAGUGGCACUCAUUUUAUACUCGGGUCAUGGUAUACCGAGCGUGAACUAGGCAAAAGGAGCGGGAUCUUUACUGCAAGCGGGCUCGCGGGCCAAAUGUUCGGUGGUUUCAUCCAAACUGGGAUCCAUUCGUCGUUAGAUGGUGCUGCAGGGCUGUCCGGCUGGAGAUGGCUUUUCAUAAUUGAUGGCCUGAUAACCCUUCCUGUUGCAUUGUACGGAGCUUUCUUGUUUCCUGAUACUCCAGCCACAACCCAAGCUCCAUACCUUACAUCCUCAGAGCGAGCUUUGGCCGUGUCCCGAUUGCCGGUAGCGAAGCAUGCCCCGAUAUUUAACCGAACAUUCCUGAAAAACCUAUUCAAGACCUGGUAUUGGUGGGCGUUUGUCAUUCUUUGGGUGAUUGCAGGCGAGACGGAGUCAUUCUCGUCCAAUUCUUUGUUGGCACUUUACAUGAAGUCGCACCCCACAAACCAUUACUCCAUUGCCCAGCUUAACAACUACCCUACUGGCGUGCCCGCUGUUGGAAUUGUCUCUACACUGUUCUGGGCGACGCUUACUGAUUUUUGGGGGGGUAAGCGGUAUAUUGUGGGUUAUUUUAUCGGCAUUACUGGCAUCAUCACGCCGAUACUUAUUCUGACUCGGUUUGACUCAACCGCUACAGUCUUUGGUGCAUACUAUUGGGCCGGAGCCGUUUAUGCUUGCCAAGCAACCUUUUUCGCAUGGUGUAAUGAUGCGAUGAGGAUGCAGGAGGAACGGCAUCGUUCUGUUGUGAUUGCUAGCAUGAAUCUGGGCAACAAUGCUGUCAAUGCUUGGUGGAGCAUUCUGUUCUACUCGGCAGAUCUGGCGCCGCGAUUCACCCGCGGGAUGUAUGCAAUGAUCGGUUGUUCAGUAGCAUUGAUUAUUUGGGUUACAGCUAUCCUCUUGAAGACUUUACAGGAGGACAAGGCCUCUUCAAGGCUCCAAUCUCCAGCAGUGCCGACAGAAACGGGCAGGGAUGUCGAGAAGUCCACCUGA